CUGAUGUAGGAUUAUUUUCAAUCUUCAUGAAGGUAAAAAGUUAAUAUUAGAAGAGAUAAUAUUAAAUCAGACUGAUCUGAUUCUAAAGAACAUUAUUGACUUCUUUUGAAGUUUUGAUUUCUUCUUCUCCCCAUCUUUCCCACAUCCACAUUUGCAACAACAGUUUUCCCUUAAGUCAUCUUUUAAUGUCUGUCCUUUUGCUUUUGACUAUUUUCCUCCAGGAGAAGGGCAUCUAGCCACUACUCAUUAUCAGGAAGCAAUACGACUUAAGCCAGCACAUUAUGUUGCUAUGGUGAACCUGGGCCGUCUUCUGCGAUCAUCCAAUGAGAAUGAGGAAGCUGAGAUGUGGUACAAGAGGGCUCUGCUGGUUACCAGGAAAGUUGACAUCCUGACUCCUCUUGGAGCGCUGUACUAUAACACAGGCCGCUAUGAGGAGGCACUGCAUGUGUACAAAGAGGCUGCUGCCUUGCAGUCAGACAGUACUGACAUCUGGCUGGCUUUGGCUCAGGUCCUGGCCAUGGCUGGGCAGAGCUCAGAGGCAGAGAAGAUGACCUUGGACAUCAUCUCCAGAGAGCCCACCUGUAUUGAAUGUUACCGCCUGCUCUCUGCCAUCUACAGCAAGCGUGGCAACUACACAGAGGCUUUACUGGCACUGGACAUGGCACUGCAGCAGAAUCCCAUUGAUCUGACAGUGAGGGCAGAAUUGCAUUUCUCUAAAGGAAACCAGCUGAGAGAGAUGAACCAGCUGAAUGAAGCCUUUGAGAAUUACAAGUUGGCUGUUGAUCUGAAGCCUGACCAGUCUCAGGCCUGGAUGAACAUGGGAGGGAUUCAGCACAUCAAGGGAGACUAUGCAGCUGCCAGGAUGUACUAUGAGCGGGCCCUGCAUCUGAAUCCUGGUUCCAAACUUCUCAAGGAAAAUCUGGCAAAGCUGGACCGGCUGGAGAAGAGACUGACAGGUGGAGCAUAACAUGGCAGACAUGAAAUUUGUCCUGAACAGAGGUCAGCAGCUCGCUCUGGGAGAGGACUUUUGCCAGGUCACUGCAUCAGUCCAGCCUGUCAAAAACAGAGCAGGAGAGAAGGCUUGCUGGUACAUCUGUGUGCAGCAGAAUGAAAAGGAGAAUAACACAGAAGACCACAGAAGACCACUGGAAGUUCUGCGACUUCAUAAGCUUUGUUUAUCGUGAUUUAAUUUAAUAGUGUAGCCUACUUAGAUGCAGACUUAUUUUCUAAAUAAGUAUAUUCACCAAUUGUAAUUCAGUCCUCUGUUUUCAGGCAUCAUUCCCAUAUUUAUUAGUUCAAGAAAUUGAAAAGAAUCAGAAAGGGUUCUGACCUGAAGGGAACGUGCCUGAGAGCUCCUUAGAAGUCAAAAGGACAUUCUGAAACAAAGGUUUGUGUACUAGAGAAUGGUGUUGAUGUCAGUGAUGGACAUCACAGACAACAGGGUGGUGGUGGUAGGAGACCAUCCCUCAAUUGUUGGGUUCUUGUUCCAUCCACCUCUGUUGUUGUGUUGUUGGGCAGGAUGUCACCCACCUUGCCUGCUGGUGGCGGUCACAGGGCCUGGCUAGUGUUUUGUAGCCUCGCCUGUGGCACAGUGUGGCCCAGGGCAGCUGUGGCUAGUAGCUACAAUCCAGUAACUUGCCAUCAGUGUGUAAAUGGGUGAAUGACUGAAUGUAGUCAUU